CUCCCCCAAACCCUCCCAGAACCUUUAUCAGGGAGCUGGGACUGGUCCCUGCCACCUUCCAGAGCCCUGCGCUCUUGCGUCUCUCUCUGCAGCAGCACCAGCCGGCUCCCUGAUCCUGCCGUCCAGCCAGCUCCACAGGCACCAUGAGGGGCGCCAUGCUGUUCGCGGCCAUCCUGGUUCUCUGCUUGGCUGGCAGCUUCGGGGCUGUCUGUGAGGAGUCUCCGGGGCAGGUGGCGCCUGCUGGGAGGCACAGCGAGGACUCUGGCCUCUAUCAGCUGCCCCAGUCUUUGCUGCGGAAACUCUACGACAGCCGCUCCGUCUCUCUGGAAGGAUUGCUGAAAGCGCUGAGCAAGGCUAGUGCGGGACCUAAGGAGACAUCACUUCCUCAGAAACGUGACAUGCAUGAUUUCUUUGUGGGACUCAUGGGCAAGAGGAACAGCCAGCCAGACACUCACACUGAUGUGGCUGAAGAGAAUACCCCCAGCUUUGGUACCCUCAAAUAGCCCCCUGGUAAGAAGAAGAAGCAUUCUGCUUUGGACCCCGACUUCCUCACGAAGACAGUCCCCCGACUAAUCCCAGCGCAUGCUCUCCGGUUUCCCUUGCUUUCCCAUCUCCUCUUGGCUCUCUCCUGCUCGGCACAGAAGCUGCAUAUGAACAGCCUCAAUCCCUUGGGCACUAAGUAUCGACUGUGGUCUCGGUAGUGUCCUGCAUUAAAGAUACAAUGUCUCCUCUUCAACAAUAAAGGGUU